AUAUUUUGCAUAAAUCUUUUAAAAAUCAAGAAAUUGUAAGGUGCAACAUAGACACAUAGUGUUUAAAACACGUAGUAGCCAGUCCCAGAUUUAUCUAUCCUGUUGUUUACUCUAUGAAGAUUAAAGAUUUAAAUUGUACCAAAACGUGGUACAAUGUAACGAUAUCGGUGCAGAAAUAUCACCAAAUUUUUUAUUUAUUAUACGAAAAAGGCAAAGCAUUGAGAAUAUUGGAUAAAGUUUUACGUAAGUUUUGCAUAGUAACUCAAGAGUUCAAUAAUAAAAAUCUUUUUAUUUUUUAAUUCAGUAAUAAUUAAGGAUAUAUAUAUUUAUAUAUUGUGUUAAUGAUAGGGAGAGAUUAUUAAACCAAUUAGUAGUGCAGCUUUUUAUGAAAAACUAUAAUUAAUUUCAUUAAUUAUCGAUAUAACGGAGAUAAUUGCGUUAACUAUUGCUGUAAUGGAAAUAUUACAAACAUUUUUCGAUAUAUUUUAAAUUAAUUUAAUACGUCGAGAUUUCUUUUCGUAAAAAAUUUCUUCUAAAUCUUAAAUUGUAACAUGCAGUAUAAUUUGCGUAAUAGCAAAAUCCAGUAUUUAGGCAUUUAUAGUAAAUUGUUUUUAUAUUAUUAUAUAUUAUAUGGAAUCUUUCCAGAUUAGAUUUUGAUUUUAUCAUGUUACGAAAUUUUUUUUAUUUGAACAAUCUUUUUAAACAUCUUGACUUCGAUAUCUCGAUCACUUCAAUAUCUCGAACUCGUAAUACCAACCUUUGAUAUUGCGAUUCUCGAAGCAGAUUUCGAAUGGUGGUAAUUGCGUGAAUAAAACAUACUUCACUGCAUUGCCAUCGUUCUGCAAAUAGAACGUUUCGUUGCGAUUGAUAUUUAUAAGUGGAUCACGCGUAUUUUAUCUGCUAAAAGUGCAUUGCAAAUGUGAAUUUUUGUUGGAAGUAUCGAUUAAAGUUACGGGAGAGCGCCGGAAUGUAUUAUUUGCCGCGUCUGUUCACGGUUAACAUCGUUGUUUUGUGCCGUGAGUCCGGCCGCGAGAAAUUGUCGCGAGUGUUUUGUGAAAUUUCAGACGUUUGAAUGUAGCUCGUUGAAUAUUGCGUAUAUAUGUAUAUCAGGCAUCGUCAAUUUCAGCUCCGGAGCCGCAACGCGCUUCCCUUUCUUGUCUUGUGAAGUAAGAGGAAAAGGAGUAGAAGGAGACAGACACUGAUCGUCUCUCAUCAAUUGCUGUGUGCAUAGAUUAUAGAAUCUAUCGCGCCUCAACGUGUGUCUCCUUUUCUAUCUUGUUUCGCGAGACAAGAAAGAGGGGGAAGUGUUGUGGUUCUGGAGCCGAAAUUUAUCGUGACUGAUGUAUCAUUAUUAUAAUAUCGUGUGUUUUAUACAUAUGUGCUUUCACAAGAAAACUUUUCAACAGAAAGUGCAACGUGAACUCUACAAGGAGCUGUAAAGAAUCAAUUGUGCGUGUCUUCAUCAUAUUCGAUUCGGAACGCAGAGCGUGGAUCUUCAAUAAAGCAAGUAUUUUAUUGAAAAGUAAAAAACGAGUUUGUAUCGGGAGUGCCGAUUAAAAUAACAGACGAUUACGGAAGUUGUGUUACUUGCCGCGGGUGUUCGCGAUUAAUGGCGGGAACGCGAAAGUCAAUCUGUACCUUAAAUUGAAUUCUUCACAAUCCCUUAAUAUAUCAUGUAACAUGACCUUCGUAUGGCCGCCAAGAAAACAAUUAUUGUUUGUCUCGUUCUUUUGAAAUAAGUAACGUUGAAUAGAUUAUAAAAUGCAUGGACGCGUUUUAAGCUUAUUUCAUUUCGUGUUCGCGUUUCGUAUGUGAAAGUUCGCGAUGUGAAUCUGUGAAAGUAAAAUGUGACCGACUGUCAUUUGACAAUAAUGCUGAUUUCCAAUAUUCAUCGAUUGGAGAUUAUGCGAAGCAGUCUAAGAAGGAAUCUGCAAAGGAUAGAGCACACUGCAAUACUCUAGUUGGUAUAGCUGAAAAAGCGUAUUUAGCUAGAGUACAACGACCGGGCAGUUCCAGUCCGGAAGGAGUUCAUAUGGAAUGGCAUCACGUGGGCCGUCGCCGUCGACGCUGCCGAUCGCGAUAGCGAUGGCCGCCGUGAUGACAGUCGUGGCUAGUGGCCUUUGCCCGCCGCGAUGUCGAUGCGACGACGAGAGUCUACGCGCCACGUGCGCCUACGCCGGCCUCGAUGUCGUGCCGAUCCAACUCAAUCCGGAGAUCCGCCACUUGGAUCUGUCGAACAAUCGCGUGGCCAGCGUGCAUCUCACGUUCAGUUUCUACGGGAAUCUUGAGAGCCUCGAUCUGAGCUCGAAUCUCAUCCACACGCUGGGUCUCGAGAAUUUCGGUCUGCAACAGAAUCUGAUCGCGCUGAACGUGAGCAACAACACGAUUCGCACGCUGGCGAAGAACGCGCUGCGCGGAUUAACGUCCCUGAAGGAAUUGAAUCUGGCCGGCAACAACAUCUCGCAGAUGGACGAGCAGGCGUUCAAGUACACCAGCGAAUUGGAGGUGUUGAAUCUGAGCGACAACUCGAUCACGAGUCUGCCCGACGGUUUGCUGAGGAACCUCCACAAGAUACGGACUCUGAUCCUAAGCAAGAACUCGUUGCUGGAAAUACCGACGAGCAAUCUGGCUUUGGCGCCGAGUCUGGAGCGCAUCGACUUGUCGGACAAUCUGGUGCUGGAGCUCGCUCGAGAUUCCCUGCCAUCCUUACCGUCGCUGAUUUCCCUGAAUCUCUCGAACAACGUCGUGAGGAGUAUCGCCGGUGUCGCCUUCGAUCGCCUGCCGGACCUCCUGCGUCUGGAUUUGUCGGGGAACAAUCUGACGUCCGUGCCUACGGCCGCUCUGGCUAAGCUGAGCGUUCUCACGAGUCUCAUUCUAAGCACGAAUCCUCUCGGAUCUCUGGAGGCCGUGGCGUUUCGCAAUCUCUUCGAGUUGAGGAACUUGGAGCUGAACGACUGCACGAUCGCGAGCGUCCACGCGAGGGCGUUCGCCGACAACGUGAACCUCGAGCGCAUCUCGAUGGACGGCAAUCGGGAAUUGCGGGAGCUGCCGGCGCGGGUUCUCUACGGUGCUCGGUACCUCAGGUGGGUCUCGCUGCGUCGGUGCAAUCUAGCGACUCUGCAGCCGACGCAGUUCCCCGUCGACGGGCUGUCCUACCUGCGAGUCGGCGGCAACCCUCUGGUGUGCAACUGCUCGGUGCACUGGCUGUGGAACGUGAUCCGCGCGGAGGAGCGGCGAAACGAGACGCGCCUCGAGCUGGACACGCACGACAUCAUCUGCAGCGACGAGGAGUUUGCCGGCAAGGCGCUGAUCACGCUGUCCGAGGGCUCGCUGCGGUGUCGCGUGAGCCCGCUGCACCUGGCGUUGUUCACCAUCAGCAUCCUGGCGGUGGCGGUGAUCGUGCUCAUCCUAUUCGCGCAUUUCACCCGCGCGAAGAAGAAGAGACAGUCGCUUCCGUACGCCGCGCCGAAUCGUCCCGAGUUCCUCGUCUACGUCGGUCGCGGCGACAACGGGCUCGAUAAGAACGCCGAGUCGUACAGCCGCCGGCUGCUGGGCAGGAACAACGAGGACAUCUCGUACGACACGCCGCGCGGCAAGACGGCGUCCGAGCGAAGCCCACAGUCGCAGGACACGAACAUCUACGAGACGCCGCGAUACGCCCGGCCCGGACGCUGCGACGAACCGCCGUUGUACGGCGGUAAGCAACAAUCGCCACCGGUGGAGGAAGGGAUGUACGCGGUGGCGGAUGUGACUGAUCUGCGCGACGAACCGCCGGAAGUGCUAUCGCUUUAUCGCGCGCGCAGCCCUUCCGCCGCGACCCCACGGUCGAACGCCCUGCGGCGGUUGGACUACGGUUACGAUUACGAGUACGAUUACGAUUACGAACCGGCACCGCCGCCGCCGCCCCCGCCGCCGCUCUCCGAGAAACCGCACGUCGUCUUUGUGUGAGGGGGAUCGUAACGCGUCGUGGGUCCAGCUGUAGCGGUGAUCAGCGGGAGUCCAAGGCGAAUCCGGGGACAGUCUAGUCGUUAGGCGAACCGAAUACGCCGCUAACGCUCCGUAUCACGGGCUCUUAAUUGUCCGAAAGGUCUCGGGAUUAUUGCCUCGACGCUCGGUGUCUUGAUACUCGAGAUACUCGUUGCGCUACGUAUAUAUGAUAAGGGGAUCGACCAGGGUGCGCAUUAUGGCCGGAGACGAGAGGGAAAAAUUUACACCGCACCGAGAGAGCUUCAAUUGCCGCUCUCGACCGUUGAAAUUUACGCAAUUGUACGAAAUUGCCCUCGGAAUUGUCGUUCCGGCACCGCCGCUAUCAUCGGGCGCGCUACGUCUCAUCGCAUACGAGGACCAACGGAGGACUACGGGUGCACGCGCGACUAAAGUGCUAAACGUUUGAGCAAUAGUAAUGUUUAUCCGAUGGAUACGGGAAGGAACGGGAAGGAGAGGAGAAGAGCGAUGUUCAUCGCGUUUCGAACGGUACGGUUUUGCGCACCACGGUAAGAUGUAAGACGUAAGACGUAAGAGCCGCGUCGAUGUGGGUAGACGUAACUUUCUAUUUGGCGCGGGAAAAUGGUCGAUAACAUCGUCGUCGGGAAAGCGGAUUAUCCGAAAUUCUGUUGCUCGAGCGAAAACGAAUGCGCAGUGUUUUGCUCGUAAGAAACCGGCAGGUUACAGCGCGCCUCGUGACGCGACACGCUGAAAUUAUCCCCCCAGGACAAACAGAAGCAACCGUGGACGAGUGAAAAUGAAAUGUCUUCCGAGAUAGUUGCGUCGCUGCUAGAGAGUGAGAAAGAGAGGGAGAGAAAGGGAAGUGAGAGAAAGAGAGAGAGAGAAAGAGAGAGAGAGAAAGAGCCAGGAUGCAUUCUCACUGAGGGAACACAAUCUGACUCGGAAUGUAAAUUGUGCGGGAGCGUAAGAGUACGUUAUACCACUGGCCGGGUCGUGAAGAGAGUGAGAGAAACUGGGACCCGUAUUUAUUUUCGAGGAUUGCAAGUUGAAAUCCGCCGGCUCAGUGCGAAUGCAGUGGCCCGGUUUUGCCAGACGAGCGUUCAUUUUGUCGGAUUCGUUUGAAAACGUAGUGACAAAUCAAAUCAAAGCUGCGUCGCGUUAGUCGAUUAAAGGUCCUUCUAGAGAUUACUAGCUACCUAGAGAUUAAUACUCUUCGUAAAGUCCGUUCCAGGCUGAGGAGCCUCCGGCGCGAGGUUUGCAACUAAACUAUUGUCGGCUACGUCAACCGCUGUAGGAUUAAUCAAUGGGGCUCUUACUAUAUCCGAGUAUUCGAGAGCAUAGCUGUUCAUUGAAAUUCGAACUUUAUUUCGAAAUCCAUCCGUGAGUAUUUUUCGAAAUUUAGAUCCUAAUUUUCUAGUCUAAAUAUGUGAAUAUUUUUACACAAAUUAAUGAUAAUUUACAUUAUAAAUAACAAACUAUAUAAAUAUAUGAUUUGUUGGAUCGCGAAAGCUGCUCCGAACAGUGAUUCAUAUUUGUAAUAAUUCAGGAAAGAUAAAUGCCAAAUAAUCUGACUUUUUAUUAUCCCGAUCUAAAACGAAAGAAUAACCGAAUACUCGAAUAUUGAAAAUUUGCAAUAAGAGCUCUAUUAAUAAAAGAGCCAUGAGUUGUUUGUUGAAAAUUGCGUUAACACGUUCCUCCACACAAAACACGCUUAAGGGAGCAAAUUACGUUAUAGGUCGCGAAUCCGAUUUUUUCCCUCUUUUGCGACCGACCGAGGGAGGAUCCCUCGUACGUACGAAGUGUUGUAAAUUGAAGCAAUAAUAGUUACGACCUUUACUCUGUAAGCACAUUACACCGAAUAUAUUUAGAGACUACAAAGGACACAUUUAUACAAAGCAUAAGCGAAUACAUACAAAAAUAUAAAUAUAUAUUUAUUUAUUAAUUUAAUGAUGUUAAGUUUGGAAAGAUGUUACGUUUUGAAUACGAAAAUAUACUUAAUGCAGUAUGAAUAAAGUGCGUACGUUUCCGUUAUGGGAAUCACCGAACAGAUUCGUAUUCGCGAUUCGCCGUAAUGAUUCUCGCACACCGGCAAAAAUUCGUGCACCGAUGCAUGCAUCCUCCGCAGUCACGACGACGGGAAGUCGUUACGCGAAUCCGCGAUUACGAUCCUGAGAACCUAUUUGUAUGUUUUUUAGCGCACGCCUCGAAACGCAUCGCGUCCACGAAAACCUAACAGAAUAUGCAAAACUUCCUAAUUGGAUCCGCUUGUAAGGCAACUUCUCGGGUCGUAGUUUGCAACACCCGGAGAUUAAGUCUCGUUACUGAAUCGCAUUUUCCUACUACAGGUCGCAGCUCGAACUUCAAAACGAUAGAAUUUAAAUCGGGGGAGAGAUUAAGGGCGUUCUUUUUUUUUUAAUUUGCCAGCGUUUGCUUGAGUAAACGAGAGCUUGAAGCGUAGAAUGAUCAACUUCGAACUGUGUCUAGUAGAAAAAGCUAUUUCGUAUUCUUUCGAAUUUUCCACGUCAGAUAUAUGUUAUUUCAGUCAAUUUUUUAAUAGCAAGUCAGCGAUUAUUAUUCAUAACGAAGAAAUUCGCUUAUACACGUGCCAAUCUAAUAAUGAAACAUUAAUGAGAUCGAAGUUGAUUUCAAUUCUGUUGAGAUAAUACGGAGAUCGAUGUAACAUUAUAUUAUCAGCUGUAAUAUUAAGAGAACAUAUUCAUUAUGUGCGAUGAAAGUUUUACACGUGUAAAAUUAGAGAGUUAAUUUCUUUAAGAACCGCAAUUACGUUCAUCUAACGAGAUGUAGAAUUCUCGUUUCGCGUCGUCGUUCGAUAUGCGGAUAAUUUCAUAAAAAAUGUAUGGAAACCGCCGUCCCAGCGAAACGUUCACAGUUCCCCAGAUAGUCGGCAAUUCCCAUCAAUUCGCAUCAACGUUCAUUCGCGCCGAACGGCCGGAUGGCCGUUUAAAAAAUGAUAGUACUCAGCUAGGUAAAAAAAUGAAAAAAAAAGAGAGAGAGAGAGAGAGAAAGGAAAAUCAACGAGGCUAUAUUUACGAGAGCGGUGAAGGGGUUUAGCUUUAAUGCGAUUAGACGAAACAUUCCGGACUGGCGUUCUCUUACGUAGCCCUCCGUAAGUGAUACGCCUCCUUCAGUUUGCUUGGCGUCCUGAAAAAUUCAUUUUCCCCGAAGCGAGAAGCCCGGUGGGAACGCUGAAUGAAAAUCCCCUAUUAACGUGCUCCCCGUGUACGGUCCACUGACCUACAAGCUGCGUCACGAGUCUUCUUGCUUUCAGCAGCCGCUGAAACGGGUCGUCCAUCUCCGGUUCGCUAAGUUUGGAAGUUUCAGCGCGGAAUGCGCAAUCGAUCGUCACAGUUUAACUUGAAAGUCGGCAGCUAUCUUUUCUUCUUUGAUUAUGCGAGGAGUUUCACAACGGCUCCAUUGAGAAACACGAAUGGAACGAGAGAAAGAGAAAGGAAGUCGAUAAAUUCUCGACUUUCUGUUUUAUUCGAGUUGUAAGGCGCACAAUCGGUUUCAAGCGUUGUAUUUGUCGAGAUAUAUGUGCGAUCUAUAGACAUCCGCGUCCUCUCACGCCCUUUUUAAGCUUUAUUUAAAUUUGAAAACUUUAGAAUUCGCAAACAGUGAAAAUUUGCACGUAUAUUUAACAAUUAAGAAUGUAACUUUUACGAGAUAUUCUUUCAAAUAAUUAUUCAAAGAGAUGCUCGGGAAAGUUAGAAUUCUAAUUAAGCAUAUACAUGGUGUCUCUUUGUUUGCUUGUCAUUUUGUUGGAGCAUAGGUACAGGAGGGAAUUAAAUCCUAUCCAAUUUACAACUUUGAUCACCGACAUUAAGCGUUCAUCUCCGCCCAUUUCUCCCGCUCUGUCUCAACCCCCAUAUCUCUCUGCCAUUCAAAUCGCGUGAUUAAACUUAAAUCGUAAGCAAAUACCUAAGAUACAUCUACGUCGUUCAGGCUACAACUAAGAUCCUCGCCGUCGCCAUCCAUUUACAUUAAUUCCGUAGAGAAUUUCCGAGACUUGUAUAGGUCACGAUUAUAAACCACGACCUCUGAGUAAUCGUCGCGGAUAAAAUCUCAACUUUCUCAGACGAAAGUUUAGACUUUCCGGGCGCGUAGCGGCGAAGAUACACACACCGUCGGAAAUGUGAGAUUUGAGGAAUCUAAAGGACGCAUAAUUACAUAAACACGUUGACUUUGGUGCAACAACCGCGACUUCGACCAACUGCUAUCUUUAACAACAACUUCCCGCAUUGUACUCGCACUAUUUACGAUUUUAAUUACAUCUGGGCGCUUUCGCGCACGGUGCAUCCAUCCAGUCGGCAUACAGAGAUAAUGAAUUGAGGGAUUGAAGAGUGGGAGAGGACCACCCCCGUUGCGCCGCGCGAAAUAUUAGAUCUGAAAAUAUUUCGCCGCGUCUACCCUCGCUCGCUCGCUCGGUUAGCCAAGAUUUCUCGGUGGCACUUGGCCCGACUCGUUAGUCAUGGUAGUUAGUCAUGCUAUGUGCAUCUCGUCGUCUCGCGGAGAACGAGCGGAGAGGAAGACGAGUGAGGCGGAGUGAGGCUUCAUUGUAAGAGGGGUUGCCGGCGUCCCCUAAGAGGGAUGGAGGCCGCCUCGCAAACGUCCUUCCUCGCUUUCCUUCCUCUUCCUCGUCUCUCUCAGCCCCGUGUCCCUUUUACGAACUUCACUUCGGGGACUUCGAUGCGUUUGAGGCGUGCCGCUGCUGCUCGGCGGCUAUUUUUGUAUGUACAUACAGCCCGUGUAAUGUCGAAUGUAUAGUCAUCGUCAGAAUGGUCGGGACACUUCUCUUGGUUCGCAGGGAGCAUCUCCGCGGAUUUAUUCGCGCAUAAAUCGAGGACGGCGGUAACGGAGUUAUUAAAAUGUUAAUACAAUAUUUCUGUAUUUUGGCGAAUAUAAAUUACUACACGCGUAGUGCAUUUAACGUUGUAAUAACUUUAUUAUUAUAUGUGGCUUUUGAUUUAUAUAGAAAUAAAUCUGCAGGAGAGUUGCCUCUACAAAGUAAUAAAAGGAGUAUCUGAACCAUUCCGACGCCGAUAAAUCACGUUCCCACACAUGCGUAAACGUCCAUAUGUGAGUGCCCGUUUUACUUGUUUUCCCCGUGUGUGUGCGUGUGUGUGUGUAGUCCUACGGCGCCGGUUUCAUAACAAUAUACAAUUGCACCCGAAAUAUUCACUUGGCGCGACUCGAACUCGCAUGCAAUCGAACAGAUCGUUCAAGAUUAGACUAAGGCAAUACCACAUAAGGCGCGCUGCACACGCUAAACGCUACGAUGGAGAUAAGCCGAACGGAGUAGCUCUUGCCUUUUUCCUUGCGUGCGUUUAUGAAACCGGCAUGUAAUUUGUCCGCUCGUAUGUGUCGUUCUUACCCUAUUUUCGCCCUCGUCCGAAAGUCCCCUGUGUUCUCCGGCUGCUGCGUCCUUUCAGCUUGGAAAAGACCAAAGUACUUGUUUCGUCGAAUACGCGUGAAUGUAAUGCAAUGUACCUUCACCACUUUGCUUCGUGUACUUUCAUAUUUUUUGUUGCGGAUUUCGACGAUAGCAAUUUGUGUUUUCGACAGAACGUUGAUUAACUUGUUCAUGAUGUCAGUCCAAACUCGCGUUUUUAAUUAAAACGACAUAACGCGCAUUCUCGAUUAAUAGAGAAAUUCAAAAAUUGUUUUCUUUUUGCAAAUAUGUAAAAAUGAAGGGAAAAACAAUUCAGCACGGCGUCUAAUGUUUACAAAUAGUACAAUUUACAUUAAUUUUAGUAAACGCGAAAUUUUUCUCCAUCAAAGUCAAUUUUAUUUUAUUGGUUUCUUCUUUUGCAUUUGUUCAUCUCUUUCGUAUAAAAACGAGCUUUCAAAUUCAUCGAUAUUCCACUUCUUUUUAUAGAUCAUACAGUAUGAAUUUAUUCAAGCUCCAAUGUGUACUUGCAUUAUUUUAUUUAGAAUAAUAGCGAUUGUUUUAUUCAUUCCAUUGCACUUCAAUGCUUUUGACUUUUUUUUAUUAUUAUCCGAUAAUACAUAAUGAUGAAUAGUUUAUUUUGCGUAAAAAGUAUUUUGCUCAAGAAAGGUUCUUGUUAAGCAUCGUGAAUUUGAAGAGGAAUAUCUUUUCUACCAUUUCAGUUAUAAAUUCUAUUUCAUUUUAUUUCAAUGUUUCUGGCUUUUUAAUUAUUAUUUGAUAAUACAUAACGAUGAAUUAUUCAUUUUUCGCAAAAAGUGUUUUGCUCAAGAAAGAUUCUCUUUAAGCGCAUCGUGAAUUUGAAGAGGAAUAUAUUUUCUACAAUUUCUACAAUUUAAUUAUAAAUCAAAAAGCAUGUAAUUGUUAAUAAAUAUAUUAAACGCACAUAUUGAGUUUGAAGCAAUGGGUGUACAUUGCAUGUGUCUCACCGCACUUUUAGUAAUGUAGUCAUAUUUAGACUUUCAAUUAUGAUCGACUCAUGUAGCUAGAAAAAGUGUCGAUUCAUACUUCUUACUAUAAUCUAGUAUAGAGAGAGAUACUUUGGGCUUCUACGUUUAACACUCCGCUUGAAACAUUUCUGACCUUUCAAGAUGAGCUACGAAUUUAUACUUAUGAAAAUGUACGUGUAUAUAUAGGGUGCCUCUAAAUCCGCGCCCAUUCUCCACGUAAUGAGAUUCCGUGAUUAUCUUGAAAUCGAUUCUUCUUUAACGAAAAUAUUCAAGCUCCAACGGCUUCUGAGUUAUGGACAAUUAAAAAUUAAAAAGUUUAGAACCUUUUUACGAAUGUUACUAAAGUAGAAUUUUAAUCAAAAAUUAAAUUAGGUUUUUUUAAGUUUUAAGAACUUUAAAGUUAUUUGAUAUCGAAUAAUGAAGGAACGAGAAUGAUAGCUAGUAUAAUUUUAAUCAAAAAAAUUGACUUGAGAUCAAUCAAAGAGUUGAGUGGAGCGUGGAUGCAAAGUUCAAGACACCUUGUAUAUGCAAUUUAUACAAAUCUAUAUAUAUGCAUGCACACAUAUACUCCCAAAUGUUCAUGUCUGAACAAUUUUUGCGUGUACACGAAAUACUUAAAGUAAUAUUUUAAGUAAUCAUAUAAAAAUUUCAUACAUUGCUAAUAAAAAUGUUCAAGACGUUUAAUAAAAUUAUAUUCAGUAAAAAUGUGCCAAUUAUCUACUGACACUUACACAACAAAAAUUUAUAAUUUCAAUUUGUAACUCACUAUAUAUUGAUACAAUAUUGUGCGUGUCUUCCAUCUAGACGUAUACUCUCAAUCACUCCCUUUUUACAAUUCUCUCGCACAAUCCCCGUUAUCUAUGUGUUAACCGAAAUAUAUGUAAUUCCCUCCUUCAUUUUAAUUAUAAGAAUGUACAAUUUCUUACAAUGUCAGAAACUACUGCAUCUACGUACAGAUCUGCGUAAUGGACAAGAUAAGCAAAAGGGUGAGUUUAUUUUAUAAUAAAUAAAUGUGAAUAUUUUCAGAGGUUUUUUCUUAUAUUUUUUUAUUUCCAGCGAUAUAUUUUGUUUUUUGCUCAAAAAAAGCAUUUCCUAUUUGUGAUACGUAGAAUAAAUAUAAGAAUCAAGCGGAAGAAUUCUCUCGCCCUUCUAGAUAAAUAAAAGUUAGUCUGCAUGGUUGUAUCGUACGAUACAAAUAGAUUUAUUUUAGGGAUAAAAAUCCCAUUUAAAAAUACCACGCUCCGCGGACCAUAAAUCUUAACGUCCCCAUUCCCAUAGGAAUGCGCGAGAAGUCUCUGAAGUAUGAGUUUAGUGCUCUCUUGAUUUAAGUAUCACACCAGAUGCUUUUAUAAUGUACUGAAAAAAUUUGUAUGACAUCUCGUAUGUUCUUUGUGAGCAAAAUGAUGAUUUUCUAAUAUUAAA